CCUGGGACAGAUUGCCGCAGUGAGAAAAAUCUCAUCUAACGUUGUUUAUUUACGUAUAUUACCAGAGGUCCCCAUUGUAAGGGAGAUUUCGUCUUGAUGGGCUUUUCCUGGUUCAUUAAAGGAGAAAUAAAUGCAUCUGGAGCAGGAGGUUCAGGGGAAUGUCUCAGUCUGGAGAGAAAGGGAAGUUUCCCGAGGCAGCUGGGUAUGUGGGCUUUGCUAACCUGCCCAACCAGGUGCACAGGAAGUCUGUGAAGAAAGGCUUUGAGUUCACACUGAUGGUUGUGGGAGAGUCUGGUUUGGGGAAGUCCACUCUGAUCAACAGCCUGUUUCUCACAGACCUGUACCCAGAGCGCUACAUCCCCAUCGCAGCAGAGAAAAUCGAACGGACUGUCCAGAUUGAGGCGUCUACUGUGGAGAUUGAGGAGCGGGGCGUGAAACUCCGUCUCACUGUGGUGGACACGCCUGGGUAUGGAGAUGCGAUUAACAGCCAAGACUGCUUUAAGACCAUCAUCCAGUACAUUGAUAACCAAUUUGAGCGCUACCUCCAUGACGAGAGCGGGCUGAACCGCCGCCACAUCGUGGACAACCGCGUGCACUGCUGCUUCUACUUCAUCUCCCCCUUUGGACACGGGCUGAAGCCGCUGGAUGUGGAGUUCAUGAAGGCCAUCCACAGCAAGGUGAACAUCGUCCCUGUCAUCGCCAAGGCCGACACACUGACUCUGAGAGAGCGCGACCGGCUGAAGAGGAGGAUCCUGGAUGAGAUUGCAGAGCACGGAAUCCGCAUAUACCAGCUCCCAGAUGCAGAUUCUGAUGAAGACGAGGAGUUUAAGGAGCAGACACGGGUUCUGAAGGCCAGCAUACCCUUCGCUGUGAUUGGCUCCAACCAGCUGAUCGAGGUGAAGGGGAAGAAGAUUCGCGGCCGGCUGUACCCCUGGGGCGUGGUGGAGGUGGAGAACCCCGAGCACAACGACUUCCUGAAGCUGCGCACCAUGCUGGUGACCCACAUGCAGGACUUACAGGAAGUCACCCAGGACCUGCACUAUGAGAACUUCCGCUCCGAGCGCCUGAAACGCGCAGGAAGGGCAGUGGAGGAAGAUGUCGUGGACAAGGACCAGAUCCUGAUGCAGAAGGAGGCUGAGUUGCGGCGUAUGCAGGAGAUGAUCGCUCAGAUGCAGGCCCAGAUGAGGAUGAAGCCUGCUGAUGAGUGAGACCCUCCCUCACACACACACACAGCGUCCAUCUCUGCACACCUCACACAGAGAGCCUACAAACUCCCCCCCCCCCCCCCCCCCCCCCCUCCUGAUGGACAAGCAUUCAGACCAAUAGCAUAGCUUGGCUGCCACACCACUGGGCCCCAAGAGCCCACCCCCGACUGGUCCACGCUGCGGACCCUCUACAGAAGUAGCCUGGGAUUCAGGAUUAUCUGUUUACUUCUAUUCUGCACUUACCCCUGUCCUGUGUUCUUGUUUGUGUUGCUGCCCAUCAAAUAAGGUUACUGUUAAACUAUGCUCAAGUUUUCAAUAAUAAUAAUAAUAAUAAUAAUAAUAAUAAUAAUAUUUUACUUAAACAUAUUAACCUAAUGUAGGUUUUGCCAUUUAAUUUGGCCUUGCUGUGAGGUCUGUGUUUACAUUGCAUUACAUGUUGCUUUUAUCCAAAGUGACUUACAGUUGAUUAGACUAAGCAGAUUGUUAGACAGUCCCCUACGUGUGCCUUAACCCCUACGCUACAGGCUGUUUCAGAGUGGUGCUGGUUCAGUUCCGCAGACAUGAC